AAAAUUUAAUGUAGUGAUUAAAAUGGACAAUUUGGCAAACUUUGAGGACGUUUAAUUAUUAACCCAAAAGGAAACUCUCCUGGAGCGAUAACGAUAUAUGCUGACAAAGGCCAGCUAGUUCAAUCAAAUUUGAUGAAUUAAAGAGGAAUUUGGCGAAUCUCAUCGAUACAUUAAAAUCGUAAAACAUAUGAAAUAGAAUUAUAAUGAUAUCAUGCACUCUAAUUUAUUUCGAAUCACUUCCAAGAUCACCGAUUUAGCAAGAUCUGGUUACAUUAUUCAUGCUCGGAAACUGUUUGAUGAAAUGCCACUGAGAGACACAUUUGCUUGGAAUUCAAUGAUUACUGGCUAUUCUCAACAGGGUUUUCAUCAAGAAGCUUUAUCUCUCUAUUAUCAAAUGAGAACCAGCAAUAACAGACCUGACCAUUUCACUUUCACUGCAACUUUAAAUGCAUGUGCUGGUGCUGGGUCAUUGCUAAAUGGAACCAAAAUUCAUGCUCUAGUUAUUGUUUUGGGUUACCAAUCUUCAUUGCCAGUUAAAAAUUCCCUAAUCGAUAUGUACGGGAAGUGUUUUAAUGCGUUGAGUGCUGAUCGGGUGUUUAAAGAAGUGAUUAAUGCGAAUGAAAUAACAUGGUGUUCGCUUUUGUUUGCAUAUACCAAUUGUGGUCAGUUUAAUGAAGCAAUGGGGGUUUUCAAUGCAAUGCCUAAGCAGGUUGGAAUUGCUUGGAAUACUAUGAUUGUUGGGCUUGGUCAAUAUGGUGAAAUCGAAGCAUGUUUUGAUUUGUUUAGAAAGAUGCGACUUGGUAACUGUGAGCCUGAUCAAUGGACUUAUAGUUCUCUUUUAAGUGCCUGUGCUGAAUCAUCGGAGUUUCUAAGUGGGUGUACGUUGCACGGUGUUCUUAUUAAGAGCGGUUGGAGUUCCGCAGUGGAGGCAAAGAAUGCAGUUCUCAGCUUGUAUGCAAAACUUGGUUCCUUGAAUGAUGCUAUGAAGGUGGUUGAAUGUACUGGAAUGUUAACACAGGUGUCUUGGAAUGCUAUAAUUGAUGCUUAUAUGAAAGUUGGAAAUGUCGAUGAAGCAUUUCACAAGUUUCAAGCUUUACCGGAAAAGAAUGUUGUCUCGUGGACAUCUAUGAUUACAGGAUAUGCUCGAAACGGGUAUGGAGAAGAAGCUCUUAGAUUCUUUGUAGCCAUGGGAAAAAGUUGUUUGCUUCCGGAUGAUUUUACGUUUGGAGCUGUCCUACACGCGUGUUCGAGGUUAGCAGUAUUAGGGCAUGGUAGAAUGGUGCAUGGUUGUACAAUUCGCCAUGGUUUCAAUACUUAUGUGUAUGUUGGCAAUGGUUUAAUGAACAUGUAUGCUAAAUGUGGAGAUUUAGAUGGAUCAAUUCUUGCAUUUCAUGAUAUCUCUUCAAAGGAUUUGGUCUCUUUUAAUGCUAUGGUAUUUGCAUUUGGAUUGCACGGAAAGGCUAGGGAAGCUUUACGAUUGUACGAGGAUAUGAUGGCAUCUGGUACAAAACCAGAUCAAAUGACUUUGAUUGGUUUACUAAUGAGCUGUAGUCACUCAGGACUCGUAAAAGAAGGUGGUGCGCUUUUUGAAUCUAUCAAGUCAGUUCACGAACUUCCCUACGACGAAGAUCACGUGGCUUGUAUGGUGGAUAUGCUUGGACGAGGUGGCCACUUAAUGGAAGCGAAAGAGUUGGCUAAGAAGUAUUCGAGAACAAUCGAUGCUGAGGCCAGUUCGUGCGAGGCUCUGCUUGGAGCAUGUUCUGCUCAUGGUGAAGUUGAGAUGGGUACUCUUAUGGGGGAGAUUUUGAAGAUUAUGGAUCCCCAUAAAGAGAUAAGCUAUGUGGUUCAGUCAAAUCUGUACUGUGCUCGUGGGCAGUGGAACGAAGCAGAGAGAGCUAGAAAGGCAAUGGUGGACCAAGGGUUGAAGAAAAUGCCUGGUUGUAGUUGGAUUGAAGUGAGAAAUAAGGUUACAUCUUUUGUAGCAGGAAAUUAUUUCUGUUCACACAUGGAUGAGUUGUAUAAGAUGUUAUAUAUGCUCGAGUUUGAAAUGAAAAAUCCAUGUUGAUGGUACUUCAGUCUGAGCUUCAGUAAUUAUAGAGGUGAAUCCAAAUGCUGAUGACUUCUUUGUAUAUAGAACCGGGAUAGUUAGUUGAUUCAACUCUGGGGCGAACGAGUGGGGCUGUAUUCGGGGUGUGACGAUUGGAGUUUGAUACUACAUAGUCGCCCGGUAGUGCUACCUGUCACUACCCUCCAAAAAUGAGGAGAACCCUCAGCAAGCGCAGAAACUACGGCAACUAAUAGAAAAUGAAUGAAGGACAAAGUAGCGGAGCGAAAGACUACAGAGGUAUUCCGGGCUGACUACAUUACAAGUCAUUAGUCAUGAACGAUAUCAAAACUGAACCGAAACCGAAUUAAGUGACUGAACUAUUUUGUUUGAAAUUAAAACAUUCGAUUUUUUAGUUCAGUUUUGGUGUCAAAAAAU